CAAUCAAUCAGAGAGUAUACCCUUUUAUUUUUGCGCUAGUUAUCUUCUUCUUCUUUAUUUCCUUUUGUUACAUUUCUGUCGCAACUUUUUUUUUUUUACUAUUCCAUUGCCAUUUUCGUAUCAGUGGUAUCUGAGCACUUUUUGGCUCUUUGUAUAUGGCGAGUGAGAUGAACGAGGUUAUGAGCGCAUUACACAAGAUCUCUACUGAAAUGUCCAGUUUUACAGCUCGACAAGAGCAACUGGAAGCUGCUCAAGAGCAGAGUAGCAAACAACAAAAGGAAUCCUUGAAUGAGCUGAGAGAGGUUCUCAAUGAGGUCAUCCAUGAAGGUAAACGACCUGAGAGGGACAAGAAGGCAUCGCAGGAUGAGGGUGAGCUCUACUCUCCAAGUGAUAGACCUUUUGAUUUUGGAGAUCUAGCAACACCUAGUACUAGCAACCUGAACACUACAUUUUGGGUGCCCUUGCCUCCCCUGCUAAUGCCACUACUCAGAACCCUAGACAAGAUACUACUAAUAUUUCAGUUAGUGGUGUUCCUUCUUCUACACCCCCAAUGGUACAACCAAUUCACACAGCUAUAGCUCAGACUCAACCACAACCCCACUCCCUUCGCUUAGUCAUGAUAAACACACCUCUCAUACAACCCCCUCAAUCUCAACCUUAUGUGCCUCCAAACCUACCUUCUCCUUACCCCAGAAACACUACACUCCAACCCCAAAACUUCCCAACUCAAUCUCUUAAUGGAAGGUUUUACCAACCCACAAUGAGUUGGAACCAAGAUUCACCUAUGGGAGUAAUGCCUCACUACCUUCCUUACCCCCAAGCCACACAGUUUCCUCCACCCUAUUACACUCAAAAUGCACACAUACCUCCUCCUCCGUACCACCAGACCACCUAUAUACCAACCCUUUCGCAUUAUCAGUAUAAUACCAAUACACAAAACCACCCCCAAACACAAAACAAUCACACAGUUCCCUUGCCUAAUAUCUCCUAUACUAAAUACACUAAGGUUGAGUUCCCUAAGUUCAAUGGGGAUGACUUAAGAACAAGGUUGUAUAAGGUGGAUCCAUUUUUUGCAGAUGAAGAUAUUACCAUUCAGCAAAAGAUGAAAUUAGUCUUACUACACUUUGAGGAAGAUGCUUUACAGUGGCACUUAGGGUAUAUGAGGAGUAGAGGUCCUAUGCCAUUACCUACUUGGGAUGAGUAUUUGUGGGCUCUUUGUGACGGCUUUGGAGCUGAAUAUUCUGACCCCAUGACUGAGUUAAUGAACAUUAAACAUACAUGUUCUGUAAAGGAUUAUCAGAAGGCUUUUGUGAGUGUGAUGACAAGGAUUAACCUCUCUACAGAAUAUGAUAUCAACAUUUUUCUGAAUAACCUAAAACCCGAGCUUAGCAAUGUUGUUAAGCAGCUAGAGUGGUCGGCAGCGGCGGCAACAACUCCUCAGUCGACUUCUCCAUCAUUUUUUCCUUCGAGGUUUAUGUGUGGCUAGUGGCUUAGAGGCAUAGCGGCAUGGUUGGUACGGAGACUUAGGUGAGCUGCAUUUUUGAGACGCCUCGCAGUCGGUACUCUUUUGGACCCUAUGAGUGUAAGAAAUGCAUAUUCGAAGCUAUAUGAUCAACUUGAACUCCUACGGAUGAGUGGAAUCUGCUAAAUGCUUGGGCUUUGUCAUUUUUUUUCUCUAAAGAUCCGUCAUGCUUUAUUUUGAAUUAGUAUCUCAUGUGAUGUGUUAUGUUAUCCUGUUGACAACCUUUGGGAUUACGUUUAGAGUUCAGUUUGGCUACUUUGGCUUCAAUUAAGACGAGCUACUUUUUCAAUAUGUAUUUAAUAGGGAUUGUUUGCA